AUGUCUGAAAUUACCUUAGGUCGUUACUUAUUCGAAAGAUUAAAGCAAGUUCAAGUCCAAACCAUUUUCGGUUUACCAGGUGACUUCAACUUGUCCUUGUUGGACAAAAUCUACGAAGUCCCAGGUAUGAGAUGGGCUGGUAACGCUAACGAAUUGAACGCUGCUUACGCUGCUGAUGGUUACGCCAGAAUCAAGGGUAUGGCUUGUUUGAUCACCACCUUCGGUGUCGGUGAAUUGUCUGCUUUGAACGGUAUUGCCGGUUCUUACGCUGAACACGUCGGUGUCUUGCACGUCGUCGGUGUCCCAUCUUUGUCUUCUCAAGCUAAGCAAUUGUUGUUGCACCACACCUUAGGUAACGGUGACUUCACUGUUUUCCACAGAAUGUCUGCUUGUAUCUCUGAAACCACUGCCAUGAUCACUGACAUCGCUAACGCUCCAGCUGAAAUUGACAGAUGUAUCAGAACUACUUACAUCACCCAAAGAACCGUCUACUUAGGUUUACCAGCUAACAUGGUUGACUUGAUGGUCCCAGCUGACUUAUUGAAGACUCCAAUUGACUUGUCUUUGAAACCAAAUGACCCAGAAGCUGAAACCGAAGUUUUGGACACUAUUUUGGCUAUGGUCAAGGAAGCUAAGAACCCAAUCAUCUUGGCUGAUGCUUGUGCCUCCAGACACGAUGUCAAGGCUGAAACUAAGCAAUUGAUUGACACCACUCAAUUCCCAUGUUUCGUCACCCCAAUGGGUAAGGGUUCCAUUGACGAACAACACCCAAGAUUCGGUGGUGUUUACGUCGGUACCUUGUCCAGACCAGAAGUUAAGGCUGCUGUUGAAUCCGCUGAUUUGAUCUUGUCUGUCGGUGCUUUGUUGUCCGAUUUCAACACUGGUUCUUUCUCUUACUCUUACCAAACCAAGAACGUUGUUGAAUUCCACUCUGACCACACCAAAAUCAAGAAGGCUUCUUUCCCAGGUGUCCAAAUGAAAUUCGUUUUGCAAAAAUUGGUUGCUCAAAUUGGUGCUGCUGUUAAGGACUACAAGCCAGUUGCUGCUCCAGCUUUGCCAGCUUCCAACGCUGAAUGUCCAGCUUCCACCCCAUUGAAGCAAGAAUGGUUAUGGAACCAAGUCGGUAAGUUCUUGCAAGAAGGUGACAUUGUUUUGACUGAAACCGGUACCUCUGCUUUCGGUAUUAACCAAACUCACUUCCCAAACAACACUUACGGUAUUUCCCAAGUUCUAUGGGGUUCCAUUGGUUUCACCGGUGGUGCUACCUUAGGUGCUGCUUUCGCCGCUGAAGAAAUCGAUCCAAAGAAGAGAACCAUUGUCUUCAUUGGUGACGGUUCUUUGCAAUUGACUGUUCAAGAAAUCUCCACCAUGAUCAGAUGGAACUUGAAGCCAUACAUCUUCGUUUUGAACAACGACGGUUACACCAUCGAAAAGUUGAUUCACGGUCCAACCGCUCAAUACAACGAAAUUCAAAACUGGAAGCACUUGGACAUCUUGCCAACUUUCGGUGCUAAGGACUACGAAGCUAUCAGAGUUGCUACUACUGGUGAAUUCAACAAGUUGUGUGAAGACAAGGCCUUCAACGAAAACUCCAAGAUCAGAAUGAUCGAAAUCAUGUUGCCAGUUAUGGAUGCUCCAUCCAACUUGGUUGCUCAAGCUAAGUUGACUGCUAGCAUCAACGCUAAGCAAUAA